AACACCGCCGGAAUCCCCAAAUCCUUGAGAACGCCGGUCGAAAUCCUCUUCCGCCGCCGCCGCCGCCUUGCGUUGAAGCGUGCGCCUGGAAUCACCCCCCUCCGCGUCUGCCCCCGCCGUUCUUCCUUGAAGCGGUUUUGUUCUUCUCCAUCCCGUUCUAGCGCCGGAUUUUCAGUUACCGUGGGGCGGAGGAAUGAGCAAUCACGUUGGGACCCUUCGAGGUUGGCGGCGGAGCGGUAAGGAGACGAUGCGGCGGGCGAGCAUCCUCAAGCGGCGGGCCAGUCCACGUCGGAGGAGGAAGAUGGAGGCCAUGGCGCCCUCCGUUGCCGUCGUCGUCCGGCGCCGCCGUCGCCGUUCCUCUCCGCUUCUCCAGCAACCAUCCGCAGAGGGGGCACGCCGGGGCGGGCGCGGGAGCGUGUGGUGGGGCAACCACCGGCGGAAUCGGGAGUAGGAAGAGCUGCCGGCGGCUCAGAUUCAGAUUCGAUUCAGGUCAUGUCACAGAACCAAGUGUUUUUAUCUGACAUGGUCACACGAAGGAAUAUGGUAGCACAUGAGCCAAGUGAGAAUGUAAGAAAAGCAGUGCAUAUAUAUGCAGGAGCAGGAAUGGUUGGUGUGUGGGUGUAUGCCUCUUUCGAGGAACGCACAGCUAAAUCACCAAAGCUCAUUGUAUUGGACAUGGAAGGACGCGAGGUAGAGUUGUUCUUGUGGGUAGUGAGACGUAUGAUUUCAUUGACCAAUCUGGAACUGACUAUCAUUGAAGAUAGUACAGGUACAACCUCGAUGGGGGCUGAGAAUAGUUUGAGGGAAUUGGUGAACGUCAAGGAGAAUGGGAAUGAUCAAGACUUUCCUCUAGAAGUUUUGGUGUUAAGAGACUUUAAGUCAGGUGUAAGUGUAAUAGAGUUGUGUGCAUGCUUUGUACACCUUCAAGAUUUGUCAUUUGUGGGGUGCAGUGCGCUCGUUCACUGGCCAGAAACAUUGUUCGAAGGAUUGGUAUCCUUGAGGAAGCUUAGGAUUCAGGAAUGCAAUAAUCUGACUGGAUAUGCACAAGCUUCUGCUGAGCCAUCUACAUCAUCAAAAACCGGUCUGCUCCUGCCCAGUCUAGAGGAUCUGGUGAUAUGGUUCUGUGAAAACUUGGUUGAGCUCUUCAACGUACCUGCAUCUCUCAGGACAAUGUGCAUUUAUAAGUGCAGUAAGCUUGAGUCCACAUCCGGCAGGAAGCAGCAGCAGGGACAGUCAGUAUCAUCAAUUCAUCAAGGGCCAUCCAGUAUAGAAGGAUUAUCAUUAUACAACUGUGAUGGCUUAACAGGGGUCCUCUGUUUGCCCCCGUCCCUCAAGAGACUAGACAUUACUAACUGUGGUGGGUUUGCAUCUCUGGAAUCCCGCUCUCCCGAGCUCCAAUCCUUGGAGUUCCUCGAGCUUCAUAAUUGUCCUACACUGUCAUCCCUACGUACCGGAUGGUCCACAAUCAUACUCAUCUCUCCAGCAUCUUUCCAUUAUAUACUGCCCUGGUCUGAAGACACUCCCUGCAAGCCUGCAGCAACGGCUGGGCAGCAUCCAGGACAAAUAUGUAGAUGCCCAUUAUUAUGGAAAUAAGCCAAGGGCUAUGCUGCUGAAACCGAAGACAUGGAAGUAUGCCUGCAAAGGCUGAACUAUCCCAGAGACUUGGAAGAUAUGUUGUCUGCAAAGAACAUACGGACGGAUGGAGAAGAGAGACCACUUGGAGUAGAACUAUUGUCUUGCAAGCCCGGUCAAAAAACCAUUGUCUUCGCGGGACAAGGCAGCGACAGGAAGUUGUUGGCUUGUUGCCAUGUUGAGUUAUGAGAUCAGUCAGUAAUCAUAAAGCGCCUUGACUCUGUUGUCUAUCAUUUUAUCCUCAGAAAGAGAUUCUGUUUGAAUAACUAGUACAUGUAUUUUCCACUUCUUUUUUCCUAAUAGCACUGUCAGGUUUCUUGUAAAAACUGUGUCAGUAUUUAUUUUUGGGUGCUAUUCCCAGAAGAGGUAACUUGUAUUUGACUA